AUGGAUCUGGAGCUCAGCCAAUCUCGUUUUCGGUCGUGUCGCCAACAGCGCGGCACCAGGCUGGACCCGCGGGUCAAAGCGGAGGCCGUUGGCUCUCAGCGUCUGGCAGAGCUGCUGAAGACGUCGACAGAAACUGAAGGUUCGGGGUUUGAGGUGGUCAGGCGUCGACCAAAGAGGUCCGUGUUUCUGCACUCCGGAGUCCGAAUCUGCCCCCAAGAGACCGUCGACGAAGUGCUCGCCAGCCAUCAGGCUUAUUACCAGCUCAGAGAGGAUGAACCGGAGGAAAGACGGGAGGCCUUCGACACGGUGGGUGUGACACAUCAUGAACCUUUUGUUUCCUGCAGAGUUGUGGUGACUCCUGCACUGACACAGAAAACACCAGAGGCAGCAGGUGCUGAGGUUCAGACCGCCGGGCCGCCAGCGCUGCCACCACCGACGACCACCACGAGUACCGUCGUCCUCUUCAGCCCCACGAGUGCCUCUCCAAGCCCCGGCCUCGAUCACACACAGGCAGCUGAGGAGAUCGAGGAGGACUCGGAGCUUCCUAAUGUGGUCCCAGAGAGUCCGGUGGAGCAGAUCGUGGAGUUCACUAUCGACCUUGUGGAUCCAGGUUACAGAGAGCUGCUGGACGAUCCAGACUCCCUUCAGUACAUCGACCUGGCUCACCACCUGCAGGACCAGAUGCAGCACGUGUUUGACAAACUUCCAGGAUUCAAAGCCAUCGACGUGCUGGCAAUCAGCGAGACCCAGGACACUGACGGGCCUGGAGGAAUCUCAGUGCACUACUCUCUCGUCUUUGAGAUUAAUUCACCUAAAAGCAACUCUGAGAAUUCAGAGACGACGACCGGCGUCGCAGAGUCUUCAACUAACUCUGGACUCAGAGAAAUGGUGACCAAGGCUUUGCGUGAGGAGGCAUCGCUCCCAAUCGAUCUGGACUCCCUCAACUUUGAACCAGGUACAAUGUCCAGUGAGCCUGAUUCACACAAUGAGUUUGAAGUUCUCACUGAUGAGCCAGAUGUUGAUAAACCUCGGCUGGUGGUUCCCCUCACCCCCAUGGAGAAGGAGAAUGCCCUCGUGACCCUGCUAGAUCCCACUUCUGUCCCAGAUGAUGAGACCACGGUGGUGACUGGUGGGAUGUCAGAGAGCAGAGAUCAUUCUCCAGCCUCGGAAGAUAUUACUGAUGAGUCUGAGGCGAUUCAUGUGAGUGUGCCUGAGGCGCCGAAUGAAGAGGUGAAGGAAGAGGAAUUACUGAUCAUUACACAUGAGAUCGAAACCAUUCAUCAUGACGAAACCGGUGAACUUGUGAGAGACUACAUCCCGACCCCUCCUGCGAUUCUCAAGCUGGAGACGGAUGUUCCACAUAUCAAUCUGUCCCCAAAUCUGAUAUCGGAGGACGACCUGACUCCUGUUGAUGAGGAUAGUGAAGUUCCUAGUUUGGAUGUUGUUACCCCCACAACGCAGAUUUUACUAACUACCGCCCCUGCCGAAGCAGAGCUGACUGAUUUGGGGCUUGCAGUCACAACACUUUCAGGCGUCACAGGCCAGCCUCCCACUGAGGCAAUUGUGAACCUUCACGAUGAAGAAGAAAUCAACGCUCUUCCAGAUGAGGAAGUUGGUGUGGGUGUUUCUGAACCUUAUGACAGUCGUGAGGUGUCAGAAACAGAGUUAGAGGUGGAACCUGAUGAACUGUUGGAGGCUUUGCUGCCGACACCUGAGCAAAUUGAUGUUUCUGUGCCAGAGGAAGAAGUAGCUGAAGUUUUAGAGCCCGAGGAAGAGUCUGUGUUAGGAGAUGAAAAAGUGGUUGCUUCAGAACCAGAAGAAAUGGAGGAGGUUGAUGAAGUUUUAGAACCAGUUGAUAGUUCAGAGCUAAAAGAAUCCGAACCAGACGAUGGCACAGUUGUGAUUUUUAAGGAGGAAGGAGUAGAAGUUUUGCAACCAGAAAGGGGAAUUGUUGAGGUCUUAGAAGAGGAACCAGAAGAAGGCAUAUUUGAGGUGUCAGAUCCAGGUCCAGAAUCUGAGAAAGAUGAUGAGGUUUCAGAUCAAACUCCAGAAGCAGAUGAAGAGUCAGAACUUGGUGGAGAUGUAGAUGAGGUUUCAGAACAAACUGUACCUGAAGUUUCUGAACUGGAAUCAGAGGAAGCAGAAGCAGAAGAAGAGGUUAGUGAGGUUUCAGAAGCAGAGGAUGAAAAGGUAGAACUGGAGAAGAAAGUGGUGGAGAUCUUGGAAGGAGAAGUAGUAGUUGCUGAACCUCCAGCACCAGGUGAAGGUGUGGCUGAUGUAGAAUCAGUGCCAGAAAAGGAAGGGCAUGUAACUGAAGUGACAGAAACAGAUGAUGAGGUAGUUGAGGCCACAGAAUCAGAGAAGGAGCCAGAAGAGGUUUCAGAACCAAGUGAAGAAGUGGUAGAGGUUACAGCUCCAGAACCAGAUCUAGGGAAAGAGUCAGAAGAAGUACCAGAUGUACCACAAGCAAAGGACAACGUAGUUGAGGAUGUAAAACCAGAUGAAGAAGUGGUUGUGGUUCCAGUACCAGAAAAAGAACCUGUGGACAUUUCAGAACCGCAACUUCCACCAGAAGCUGGAGAAGAGGCAGCUGAUGUUUUAGAGGAAGAACCACAGGAGGUUGUUGAGAAUCCAGAGAAAGCAUCAGAACCAGGACCAGGCGGGGAUCAUGCAAUACCACCAGCAGAAGAGUUACCUGAGGCUUCAGAGCCUGAAUCAAAAGAGGAAAUAGUCAUUGAAGUCCCAGAAGGAGAAGGAGUUGAAACCUCUGAACCAAAUCCAGAGGAGGGGAUAACUGAGAUCUUAGAACCAGAACCUGCAGAUGUUACUGAGCCACCAGCCGAAGCAAUUAAAAUCCUUCAACCCUUGGACGGCAGGAGACCAAAUUACUUUAGAGAGGAUGCUGUUCAGGUUGUUGAAGACAACGUGUUCCUACAGCCAGAUGGACCAGACCAUCACGGGCCACAUGAGGAAGAGAACUUAACUGUCAUACCAAAAAACAUCCAACCUUCUGAAGAGGAUUUAGGUGAACCUGACCAAGAAUAUCCAAUCAUCGAUGACUUUUACUUUGAGCAGGAUAACGUGGACACACAAGUGGAGAGCGAAACUGCCGUCGUCACAACAGAAACUUCGGACAUUGCAGAGACGGAAACUCCUGACAAGCAAGACACAUCAGAGGACACUGAAGGCACAGAAGACUUGCCAGAGAAGACGCAUGAAAGUGAUCUGUCCCCAGAAAGAGACAGUGUAACGGCAGCACCAGUUUCAGACUCUUUCCCAACUUCUGUUGCUACAUCUGAAGUGACCGCACCCAGCCCGACUAUAGACUCCGGACUCUUUGAGGUAGACUCUCCCGAGUCUUCGGAGGAUGAUCGUACGGAGCCAGAGCCGGCUGUCGUCGUUAUCGAUGAAGACUUGGAAGACGCGGUGCAGAAAGGUGGUGAAAGCCAAACCAGCCCACCGGCGGGAGACGUCAUUGACGAGGCUGUGAAGGACCUGGCGGUGGAGCUGGAUCAAACAGAUGUAGCAGCUACAGAGCUGCCAGACGAAGGGAGUGGCUUCCCACCUGUGUGGGAGGAAGAAACCACUGUCAGAGUCACGGCCCCACCUCCAGUUAGAUACCUGACCACACCCUCCAUGACCACGGCCGCCCAGGGCAGGGAGCUGGUCGUGUUCUUCAGCCUUCGUGUCACCAACAUGAACUUCUCUGAGGGCCUCUUCAACAGGACGUCUGAUGAGUACAGAUCCCUGGAGAACACCUUCUUAGACGUGAAAAACUUUCUGAAAGGAAAUCAUUUCCGUUGA